CUCCGAACCAACAAGUCCAAUUUAUUCUUGGAAGCGAGCCGGAUAGAGAUGAUGCCGGACUCCUUGGAUGUGAUGGAACUCCCUGCCUCUUCACUGAGAUGGAGGAACUGAAAGUUGAAGAUGAUGGAGAGACUGUGUGGAGAGAAACAGCAAGGUGGAUAAAGUUUGAGGAAUGUGUGGAGGAAGGUGGGGAUAGAUGGAGCAAACCCCAUGUUGCAACAUUGAGUCUACACAGUUUGUUUGAGCUUCGUUCAUGUAUUUUGAACGGGGUGGUCCAACUUGAUAUGGUGGCACAGGAAAUCACCGAAAUUGCAGACUUGGUUCUUGACCAGAUGGUUAACAAAGGUCAUCUUCCCCAUGAUGAUGAAUUGCGUGAACGUGUACGAACGGCUUUGCUAAGUGGACAUGAACACCAGGGGGAGAAGAAGAGGGGAGUGGCUUCCGUUAAAUCGGUUGCUAACUUGGUGGGGAGGAGGGAAAAUUAUUCGGAUGACAAAAAGAAAGGAAUGACAGGUAGCACCACGGCACCUAGCUCCAUCGGUCGCAACAAGAGCAUGGUCACUAAUUCAUCUUUCGCUGGAAUGAGCUUGGACCAACAAAACAGUUUUGCUGAAAAUCCUGAAAAAAAGAACAAGGUUCCAAACUUUAUGAAGAAAAUUCCUUCGGGAUCUGAAGCAUCAAAUGUUCUAAUUGGAGAAGUGGAUUUCCUUGAACACAGGAUCAUUGCUUUUGUGAGACUUAAUGAAAGUGUAUGUUUGGGUCGGUUAACUGAGGUUCCCAUUCCAACGCGGUUUCUAUUCAUUCUGUUGGGACCAGUGGGAAACUACAAACAAUAUCAUGAAAUUGGACGAUCUAUUGCUACUCUGAUGGCAGAUGAGGUGUUCCAUGAAGUAGCAUACAAAGCAAAGACACGCGCCGAUCUAUUAUCAGGCAUCGAUGAGUUUCUCGACCAAGUCACUGUGCUGCCACCCGGUGAGUGGGAUGCAAGCAUUAGGAUCGAACCUCCAAAAGAUCUUCCUGGGAAUCAGAAAAAGCGAUUGGAAACAAAACAAAAUGGAGGAAUGAAGAAGAUGGAAGAUGAAUUGCCCGAACAUGUGUUGGGACCUGAACUACAACGGACUGGGAGAUUCUUUGGUGGUUUGAUUGAAGACGUGAAACGGAAAGCACCUUUCUAUUUCUCCGACUUCAAAGAUUGUUUAAGCAUUCAGUGUCUUGCAUCGUUCAUCUUUCUCUACUUUGCCAUCCUGACCCCAAUCGUAACAUUCGGAGGUUUGCUGGGCGAUGCUACGCACAAUUACAUCGGUACAAUGGAGUCAAUAUUUGGUGGGGCAAUAUCCGGCAUCUCAUUCCAUCUGUUAGCUGGCCAACCACUUACUAUUAUAGGAAGCACGGGUCCGAUUCUUGUGUUUGAAAAGAUCAUGUUUGAGAUUUGCACAUCUGCUGGUAUUGAAUAUAUUUCCUUUCGUUUCUGGGUUGGUGUAUGGACAGGAACUAUAUGCAUUGGACUUGUGGCACUUGAUGCGAGUAGUUUGAUAUCAUAUGUCACACGCUACACUGAAGAAUCAUUCUCUGCUCUUAUAUCAUUGAUCUUCAUAUACGAAGCAUUUAAGAAAUUGAUCCAUGAAGGCGACAAACAUAAAAUCUGGUACGGAUGGAACCCUGAUCUUAUUACACAAUAUGGAUGUGAAUGCCUUCCGCCUGACUUGAACCAACAUAAUGUUACAAACUCAACUGUGGAUGAAAUGAUUAUUCAAUCAAAGGAAGCCUUAUCAAGAUCUCAUGGAGGCAGCUCACACGGUAUUUUAUUCAAAACAAGCAACACAUCCUACAUGUGUGCCUAUGCUGACAAUGUUACUUUCAUCAAUAAUACUGAUACCGUGGAUUGGAUCAACCAGACAAAACAUGAAUGUAUGAACACUGCAUGUGGAAACUUGUAUGGGGAUUCAUGUCCAUAUGCACCAGAUGCAAUGCUUAUGUCAGUUAUUUUAUUCUUUGGAACUUUUGUGAUCUCUAUGACGUUGAAAUCGAUUAAAACUUCAAGAUAUUUCCCCACCAAGGUUCGUUCCAUCAUCAGUGACUUUGCCGUCACCAUUGGUAUUGGUCUGAUGGUUCUGUUUGACAUUCUAAUGGACCUGGAUACUUCCAAACUUAUUGUACCAGAAUCAUUCAGGCCGACAAGAAAUGACAGAACAUGGUUCAUUGAUCCAUUGGGAAAGAACGAAUGGUGGUCGAUUCCAAUGGCCAUAUUACCUGCUCUACUUGCCACCAUACUUAUAUUCAUGGACCAACAAAUCACAGCUGUCAUUGUCAACAGAAAGGAGAAUAAACUAAGGAAAGGAUGCGGGUAUCAUCUUGAUCUUCUUGUUGUGUCCGUGAUGUUGAUCAUCUGCUCAGUGAUGGGUCUUCCUUGGUUCGUGGCUGCGACAGUUCUAAGCAUCACCCACGUUAACUCCUUGAGGAUGGAGUCCCAAACCACAGCCCCAGGGGAAAUCCCCAAGUUUUUAGGGGUCCGUGAACAAAGGGUGACGGGAAUCAUGAUAUUCUUAAUGAUAGGGGUGUCAGUUUUCUUGACCCCUAUACUGAAAUACAUUCCAAUGCCUGUGCUGUAUGGUGUCUUCCUAUACAUGGGGGUUUCUUCAUUGAAAGGUGUUCAAUUCUUUGAUCGUUUGAAAUUAUUCUUGAUGCCACCAAAGCACCAACCUGACUUUAUAUAUCUCCGCCAUGUACCACUACCUAAGGUUUACUUGUUCACUGCUUUCCAAGCAUUGGGGCUCAUUGUACUUUGGGUUAUCAAGUCUACAUCACCAGUAUCUAUUGUCUUCCCUAUGAUGGUCGCUGCUCUUGUUGGAGUUCGCAAACUCUUCGACUUUUGCUUCUUCUCGCAACAGGAUCUGAUGUGGCUCGAUGAUCUUAUGCCGGAGUCAACCAAAAAGAAGAAGGAAGAUCAGAAGAAGAAGAAAGAAGAAGAGGAAGAUAGCAUGGAGUUAACCCUCAAGACCCCCACACCGUCAACAUCAGCAAGGACAUGGCACAAACUGCUAUUUGGAAAACCAUCGCAAAUAAUGAACUAAGUGAAAGUGAACUAAGGAAAAGGUCAAUAAGGCGGUCGCAAAAGUAUGAAAGUGAAGAGAAAAAGCGCUAUCCAAGUAACAGUUACUCAACCAACAGUGAGGUCCUUGCAGAGGUUAACAACCUACAUGAUAUCGUUGUCAAGAUAUCCUCUGAUGAAGAAACAGGAGUCUAAAUGUGUAUAUACAGUGGUGUACCAUGCCUACAUACAUGACCUAUAUUAAGUUUUAUGCAUAUCCGUGACUUUUUAGCAUAGACCAAAUGUCUUUCACAAUUUUUUAAGCCAAACUUUUUGCUUCUGCUUUUUUGACUUCUUAACUAGAAUCCUGUCCACUUAUUAUUGCCUGUCAAAUGAUUACGUAGCAAACACUAAUUCUGUCCAUUCCAUUUCAUAUCAGGUCUCUAUCAUUGUAAUUCCAUCCAAGUAUAAAUAUCAUUGUAUUUAACAAUAUUCCCUCAAAAGUUUAAUUUCUUGUCCAGAAUUAACUUUUUGCACAAAUACCAGCACUAGCCAGUAUUGGAUUUUCAACAGUAUUUUAUCAAAUCCAGCAAUUGUGUUUAAUUCUUUUCUUUUAGCAACCAACAUACCUUUAAUAUAAUGCAAUUGUAAUUUCUUACUGAACUAAAUCAUUUUAAUUUUUAACUUACAUAUAUAUCUAUGUUUCUGUUUAAAUCAUUUCCUGUCACCACUGCAUAAAAACAAGAGUCCUACCUUUCCAGCGACACUUGACAUAAGCCAUCUUUGUAGCACUUACACAACUGGUAUGCAGUGUUGAUGCCGUAGUUUGUUUAUAGCUCAAUCCUUAGCGGGCCGUGUCUCUUAAGCUCUAUUAAGAAACAUUGAGCUAGCUUUAUUAAUUUCUACUAUGCUGCCUCAAUUCUUAAUACGCAUUUUCUUUAAUCAUUUACUUGCUUUUUACUGCACUAACCCACCACUAAUUACAAGGAUUGUCAAUUUUUGGAUUGAAUCCUACUAUUUUUGCUGCUUAUUAAUCUUUAAUGUACAAAUGCAAUUUAUAACAAAAAGUGCUAAAAAUAUAAAUUAAUAGGGUACAAAUAUGUUGUGUUUGCCACCAAAGAAUUUCUGGUACUUAAUUUAAAUUUUCUGAUUUUGUUUUUAAAGUGAAAGUAUAAAUUCUGGUGCUAAAAUAAAAUAAUUUUAGAAAAGGUUUGAACCUAAAUAAUAUGCACUGUUAUAACUUUACCAAGAAUGACGUGCCUAUGUAAUUGUUAUAAAGUGUUAUAAUCUAUCUCGAUUGAACUGUCAUGUACAUACGUCUCUAAUUUUUUGUUAAAAACAUAUGCGUUUGUUAUCGCGUUUGUAAUUGCUGGUUGGAUAUGGGAAUAAAGCCUGCUUUAAACAACAAA